AUGGUUUCCUUCAUGGAGGACCUGUGGUCCAGCAUCUUCACCCCGGGCCCCACCCCAACCCUGCUUAUCGCAACCAACGUAACCUUCGCCGCCCUCCAACUCGUCUUCUUCGCCCUCCUCUUAGCCACAUACAGCCUACACUUUGUCGCACUGUCCAUCAUCAGCGCAGGAUUAUGGUGGUCCAUCAACUGGUUCGCCGCCGAGGUGCGACUUGCCCAACUCGCUCAGGAGGCUGAACAGAAGAAGGAAAAGGAACAAGAGGACGACCCCCGCGUGCGGGGAGUCAGUGUUGGAAGCGAUACUGAGACCGAAGUCCUAGCUUCCAAGAAGGAUAACAAGCGUGAGGCUGUCACAACUGGAAGCGCUGCCAAGUUGCAAACUGCCGAGCUGGAUUCUAGGAAGAGACCCAGCACUGGCGGCGAUGGCUCCGGGUACGGAAGCACCGACAGCGAGUGGGAGAAGGUUGAUGACUCCCGCUCCUGA